AAUGACUUCAAGUAACCAUGUUGCCAUUGCUCGUCUGGCAGAGCAAGCUGAAAGGUAUAAUGAUAUGUCCUUUGAGAUGAGGAAACACAUUGAAGCGCUUAAUGGAGACAUCUCAGAGGAUGACCGAAACCUGUUCUCAGUCGCUUAUAAGAAUGUUGUUGGACAAAGGAGGUCAUCUUGGAGAGCCAUGUGUGGUAUCGAAAAAAAGCUCAACGAAAGCGAUGCUAAAUUAGCUCAAGUAAAAAAUUACAAGGAGAAAAUCGAAGCAGAGUUAACAGAUCUUUGUAAUGAAGUCUUGAGGAUUCUUGAUGACCUUUUAAUACCAAAUGCCAGUGAAAGUAAAGAGAAAGUGUUUUACAUGAAAAUGAAAGGAGAUUAUUUACGAUAUCUUGCUGAAAUUCAGAAGGAGUCUGAUGAAAAGGACAGCAUAAAUAAUGCUAGGCAAGUGUAUCAGGAUGCAUGGGAUAUUUCUGAGAAAGAGUUGGAAUCCACACAUCCUAUCCACCUGGGCCUUGCUCUCAACUUCUCUGUGUACUACUUUGAAAUUCUAGAUGACAAGGUCAAAGCAUGUGAUCUUGCAAAGAAAGCAUUUGAUGAUGCAAUCAGUAUGCUUGAUAAUCUGAAGGAGGAAUCGUACAAGGACAGCACGUUAAUCAUGCAGUUGUUAAGAGACAAUCUUACCCUCUGGAGUGCAGAUGGAGAAGAUGAGGAUGAAAAUCAAUAAGGCUUGUAAUUACGAUAAUUCUCACUUAGGACAUAGAUAUGAACCGUUGUGAACUUUGCUGGCUAUUUCAUAUGAGUGAAUCAGGAAUUUUCCAGAAGAAAUUGAUUUGAAAUGAUUUUUUGUGUUACAGUAAAACCAUAUUUAUUAUAUAACAUGUAAUUGAAUUGCAUCAUGUAUUUUAGGUCUAGAAGUUAAUAUUCGUUUUGUUAUUGUAUGUGCUCAUUUUCAACUGUCAUUAAAGUAUUUGUUGGUUUAUUAUCAAAUUCUAAGCUUAUAUUUGUAGUUCAUUUGGUUACCAAUUCGGUAAGUUUAGAAUUAAACAUAAAUUUAUACUCACUUGGCACAGCCCUGGAGGUGAUUUAAUUAUCUUUGUACUUAUUUAAUCGAUCUUAAUCUGUCUGCUGUCAUCAUGUUCGCAAUUAUGUAGACUGUAGAGGAGGAAUGUAAGGAAUAUAAUGUUUUUCACAUUGUUCCUAAUUCUCGAACUCACUUUGCCUUGAUAUCUGUAAAUAAUGCAAUAUAGAAAUAUUUGAAGAGUUCUUGUUUUAGGAGCAUAUUGCAUACUUAAAUCUACAACAAUCACCUGUGUUUUCUGAACAGUCUACUUGAACCUAAUCCAGAUAUACAUUUGGCCGCCAGAAUACAGAAAAUUAUCGAGAUGUUUAAGUUUAAAAUUCAUCUCAUUUGAAAAUUUCUUAUGUUUUACCAAGUGAAUUUUGUUAAUGGCUAUGUAUGAUAUUUUUGACAAUUUUCACCUAAGGAUCAAGGAACUAAGAAAAAAGCAUUUAUUUUAACUGUUUUAGACCUUCAGUAUCUUGAAGUGGGCAUGGCCCUUGAAAAGAUGGUUUAUAUUUUAUUCAUCAACUAGAUACAUUUAUUUUCAAAUCGCUAUGUUUGUAUUUAUGGUUGCCUUGGUGAUGAUCUUUAUUUUGGGACUAGAUGGCAACUGUUAGAAUCCCAUAUUAAGUAAAAUUAAAGUCAUUUUCGACCCGGCUGCAUACAUUGUUUUCAAGACUAUUUCUGUAUUGCUUAGAAUUUGUAAUUUUGGUAUUCUGUUCGAUACAAAAGAAAGGUAUUUAAUUUAAGUUGAUAUAUUACCAUUUGUCAAGAUCAAAUAAAUUGGCACAUAUUUAGUCGACAGUGUAGCAUGCUUCGUAUCACAUCUUGUAUUAUGUUGUGUUUUGUUGUGUUUUCAGCAAUUAAUUAUUUACAUGUUUUUGUUUUGCCAUAC